AUGAUGGCAAACGUUUUGCUGUCUGUUACGAUGAAUACUUUUAGUCAAAAUGGUGCUGGAAUGUAUCCAAUUUCCACUAAUAGAGAGCGUCAUUGUCAUUGGAAAGGCAGUGCUUUCAAUGAAAUGAAGUCGAGCAGUCUAAGAAGCGGAACUUGCAUAAAGGGCAAAGUAGCACCCAUCGGCAAUGCUCUGGAAAGGCAUGGGUUGAGAGUUUGUUCUGCUUCACAACGAAUUGAUGCGCACACAGAGCCAGAUUUGCAUGUGACCAAUAAAAAUGAAGAAUUGAAAAGAAGAUCUUAUAGAUUUCAGACAGAAAAUGGUGGGGUAGUGAAUGUGUCCAUUGGAGCAAAAGAGUUUACUUAUGCUGUACAUGUUGAAGUCUUAAAUAUGCCAUCUUGGUUCAAUGAGCAUAACUCAGUAUUACGCUGGCAGAUGUUGAGAUCUGAUUCAUCAUGGUCAAUCAAGAUAGAUUCUCAAUUUUCAGCUUUUAAUGCACGCCAACUUGGAUCAGAGACUGAUCAUUCUAGUGAUAUUCUAUUAACUCAAACAUCUCCCGGUAGACACACAUCGGAGUUGGAAAUAAAUUAUUCUGAAGUUCCUUUUUGUCUCUCAUUUCUUAUUUAUUCAUCAUUUUCAUCUGAUGGUGCUAAUGGGCGGGUGGUCAGAACUGCUAGAAAGACAAGCUUUCGGGUUCCUGUGGGUUUUGCACCGGGAAAUCCAAUGCCACUUGGUGUUUCUUUCUGUGAUGAUGGGGUAGUAAAUUUUUCUCUGUUUUCAAGGAAUGCUGAAAGAGUUGUUCUCUGCCUUUUUGAUGAUCAGUCAAAGAAGCCUUCAUUAGAAAUUGAUUUAGAUCCUUGUGUUCAUAGAACAGGCGAUAUUUGGCAUGCCUCUUUGGAAAAUGUGAGGAACUACAUCAGGUAUGGUUACCGGUGUGAUGGAGAUCUGCUUCACAAUAAGGGAGGUAGUCCUGUGUUUCUGGACCCAUAUGCAAAGGUAAUUAGAAACCUCUCACCUGAUGACAGUGAUUUUUCUCUCUCAAACUUUCUAGGCCACAUUCAGAAGGCAACAGCUUUUGAUUGGAGCGGUGAUGUUCGUUUAUGCCUUCCAACAGAGAAAUUGGUCGUUUAUCGAUUAAAUGUGGGUAAAUUUACUGGGGACGAAUCUAGCACUUUAUCUGAAGAUAUUGCUGGAACCUUUUCUGGUAUUGUUGAGAAAAUACAUCACUUCAAGAAUCUGGGCGUCAACGCAAUACUACUUGAGCCAAUCUUCUCCUUUGAUGAAAAACAAGGACCAUAUUUUCCAUACAAUUUUUUUGCCCCAAUGAACAUGUAUGGACCUAAAGGUAAAGGUGAGUCAGCUACGACUUCCAUGAAGGAGAUGGUUAAAUCUCUGCAUGCAAAUGGUAUAGAGAUUUUAUUAGAGGUCGUUUUCACACACACUGCUGAAGGGAGUGAAAUGGCCAAUCAAGGUAUUAGUUUUCAAGGAAUUGACAAAUUGUCUUAUUAUGUCGAAGAAGAUAAAAGAUCAGGAGCCAACACUUCAUUAAACUGCAAUAUAUCCGUAGUCCAGAAGAUGAUCAUCGACAGUCUCCGUCAUUGGGUGAUUGAUUUCCACAUUGAUGGAUUUUGUUUUGUGAAUGCAUCAUACUUUACGCAGUGUUCAAGUAAACACCAUUCAUCUCGCCCACCGUUGAUUGAAUCAAUUGCAUUUGAUCCAGUACUGUCUAAUACGAAGCUCAUUGCAGAUUUCUGGUCCCCUCGUGACAUGUCAUACCAUGAAAUUGAUUUUCCCCACUGGAAGAGAUGGUCAGAAAUCAAUUCGAAAUUUUGUAAAGAUGCUAGAAACUUUUUGAGGGGUGAAGGACUUCUGAGUGAUCUUGCGACCCGUCUCUGCGGUAGUGGGGAUGUCUUUUCAGAUUCUCGGGGCCCUGCUUGUUCUUUUAAUUUUGUUACAAGGAAUUCUGGGCUUUCUCUCGUUGAUUUAGUCAGUUUCAGUGGGAGCAAGCUCUCAUCUGAGUCUAGCUGGAACUGUGGCGUGGAAGGUCCAACAAGUGAUAGCGCUAUCCUUGGAACACGACUCAAACAGAUACGUAAUUUCUUAUUUCUCUUGUUUGUAUCUCUUGGAGUUCCUGUCCUUAAUAUGGGCGAUGAGUGCGGCCUGUCAAAUGGUGGUUCAACAUUAUACCGUGACAGAUGUCCAUUUGAUUGGGCCUAUCUAGAAACAAGUUUUGCUCUUCAAGUUACACAGUUUAUUUCUUUUUUAAGCUCCCUUAGGGACAGGAGAAGUGAUCUUUUUCAAAGGAGUACUUUCCAUAAAGUUCAAAACAUACAAUGGCGUGGUCUUGAUCUCUCUGAACCCAAAUGGGAGGACCCUUCUUCCAAGUUCCUGGCUUUGACACUAAAGGCUGACAAGGAUGAAAAGCAACCUGACUCCGACGAAGGAGACAUGUUUAUUGUGUUCAAUGGCAGUGAUGUGCCAUCUACUGCAGUUCUACCUGAAGCUCCAGAACGAUAUAUGUGGUUCCGUUUAGUCGACACUGGCUGUCCAUUUCCUGGAUUUUUCUCUAAUAGUGAUGAUCCUGAUUGUUCUCAUUUUUCAGGACUAGAAUCUUAUGAAUUGAAGCCUCAUACGUUUUCUUUAUUUGAAGCCAAAGAAAGCAGUUAA